UGUGUGUGUAUAUAUAUAUAUAUAGCCAACAACACAAGAUGUUCGACCAGUAGAGAUCCCAUCCCACCAAGUCGUCGCAAGGUGUUCGACAAAAUGCCUCCUCUUGAAACGGACGCCGAGCUCCACCUCGUCAUGUAUCCGUUUCUCGCCUUCGGUCAUAUUAAUCCCUUCAUCCAGCUCGCGCGCAAGCUCUCCGCCCAUCCCGGCAUACGCAUCACCUUCAUCACCACCACCGGCACACUUCAUCGCAUCACCCACCUCCUCUCUGACUCCCCCGCCGUUUCCGUCCACUCCAUUCAGCUUCCCCACGUCGAUGGCCUUCCUCCUGGAAUCGAGACCACUGCUGACGCAACCCUGGCCAUGGCCGAGCUACUCAAGCGCGCCGUGGACCUCACUCAACCCCAAGUGACCGAGCUGCUCACUCUCCUCCGUCCCCACGCCAUCAUCUACGAGUUCAACCACCAGUGGGUUCCCUCCAUCGCGCGACCACUAGGCGUCAAACCUAUCUUCUUCUCCAUCUUCAGCUCCUUCACGAACGCGUACCUUGUGGUUCCCUCUCGUCGAUCAUGCUCCGGCGAUACGUCAAAGCCGCCACCCGGCUUCCCGGCAACUUCCUCCCUCUCCUCAGUACCGAAGUACCAGGCCAACGACUUCGCCUACAUAUUCAAGAGCUUCGAUGGCAUGCCAUGCGUGUACGAUCGCGUGGUGAGCUGCAUAGACGCCAGCGACGCGAUCAUCAUAAAAUCUUGCAUGGAAAUGGAAAGUCCUUAUAUAAACUACUUGGAAUCUGAGUUUAAGAAGCCUAUACUCACCUUCCCCGCCGUACCGGAGCCGGCAAUAGGCGAUCUAGAGAGUCACUGGGAGGAGUGGCUAGAGAGGUUCCCAGAGGACUCUUCUGUCAUUCUCUGCUCCUUUGGGAGUGAGGCCUUCCUCGAUGAUUAUAGUAUCAAACAACUACUUCUCGGUCUGGAAAUGACCGGGUUACCAUUCAUAGUUGUACUCAACUUUACAAAAAGUGGUGGUCAUGAUGAGCAAACGUUGAAGAAGAAGUUGCCGGAAGGGUUUGCGGAGAGAGUGAAAGGGAGGGGGAUAGUGCACACCGGGUGGGUGCGGCAACAGCAGUUACUACGCCACCGGAAAGUUGGGUUGUUUGUCACUCAUGCAGGGUUCAGCUCGUUGCUGGAGGGGAUUGUUUAUGGAUGCAGAUUGGUGAUGUUGCCCCAACGUGGGGAUCAGUUCUUGAAUGCGUCCUUAUUCGCCGGAGAUCUUGGUGUGGGUGUGGUGGUGGAGAGGGAUGAGGAAAACGGGACGUUUACCAAAGAGGGAGUUAGAGAUGCAGUGAACAAGAUGAUAAUGAUGGGAAAUGAGAUGCAUGCGAGGGAGAAGGAAAGGAAGUUGAAGGAGUUCUUGAUGAAUAAGGAGGUACAGGGGAUGUUCAUGGUGAACUUCGUCAAGAAGUUGAGGGAAUUAUUAGUUCCUGGGGUUAACAAUUAGCUAGGGUUUAUGCAUGCGGAACUCCCUCGAUCUGUUGUUGAUGUGUAUUAAUUUAUUCCUCAAAUCUUUCAUCUGGUUUGUUCUCUUCUGUUCAUUUUUUUUUUUCUGUGAGUUUGAUCCGUGUUUGGUUAUUCCAACUGAAUAAUAUUGCAUUGCAUUGCAUUGUUUU